AUGGAUUACGUAGAACUGUCGGCGGGCAAGCUAGACGUCGAUACGUUGUUGGCCAAGGUCGGAUCUCCGGACUGCGGUGCCAUUUCGCUUUUCCUCGGCACGACGCGAAACCACUUCGAGGGAAAGCGUGUUUGCAAGCUGAGCUACGAGGCGUACUCUCCCAUGGCGAAACGUGAGAUGCUCCGCAUCUGUGGUUCUGUGCGGAGACAAUGGCGCGUCAAGAACGUCGUCCUCAUUCAUCGCCUGGGCGACGUACCUGUGGGCGAGGCGAGCGUCGUUAUCGCCAUCUCGUCCGAACACCGUCAGGAGGCUCAAGAUGCCGUGAAAUACGCCAUCGACGAGGUCAAACGACGAGUGCCUGUGUGGAAGAAAGAACACUACGACGAUGGUGACCAGGAGUGGAAGGAGAAUAAAGAAUGUUUCUGGAUUGCGCGACGGUGACGCAGCGUUUUUCCGAACGGGAAAAAAAAAAAAUAACGGUACUGGACAGCAAAGCCCACGCACUACUGUUGCAUCGAUCGCGAGUUGCUGAAAUGUGUUGGCGCGCUUUUUUUUUUUCGCCUUUGAGAAUAAUGUGUUGACUCUAUGAUCUUUUUUUUAGCCUGUUUCAGCUAGUUUCAGCUAGCUGCUUCUAAUGAUGUUGACAAUAAAUUUAUUUAUAUGACAUC